AUGCCCGGCCAAUACACUCUUUAUUCGCACCGCGGUCCAGGACCAAAUCCGCUCAAGGCGGCGGUACUUAUGGAGCAUCUUGGCAUUUCAUACGACGUUAUUCCGCUCGAUUUCGGUGAUGAUUCCGAGAAGGGGGUCAAAGGCGCCAAAUUCUUGAAGAUCAAUCCCAACGGUCGAGUCCCUUGUCUUGUAUCGAAUGACAGUGAGAAAUUCAGUGUUUGGGAAAGUGGUGCUAUUCUCUACUACCUAUGCGACAAACAUGAUGCAGAGGGCAGGUUUCUGGGGAAGAAUCCAGAAGAACGUGCCAUCGUCAUGCAAUUCUUGACGUUCCAACUUUCUGGCCUGGGUCCGACGCAAGGCAACGUCAACUUUUUGUAUCACUACUGGCAAGGUGCGUACGGAGAGAAGCCUCAAAAGUCUGCCUUCACCCGAUUCGAGGGCGAAACCGCGCGUCUUUAUCAAGUGCUUGAGGAUCAGCUGAGCAAGCAGCAGCAACGCGGAUCUAGCUUUAUUGCUCUUGACCGUCCCACCAUUGCCGACUUCGCGUUCUGGCCCUGGGUUCGCAUUGCCGGUUUCGGCAACAUUGAUCUCUCGCCUUAUCCUGCUGUGCGGAAAUGGUGCGCCGCCCUGGAGAACGAUGCCAAAUCGCAGGCUGCUAUUCAUAAGCUUCCACUCAAGUAA